AUGCUGGCUCGGGUAUGGAGUGUGGAACAGAUGAUUAUGAAACUAUGGCCCGUCACUGAAAGUGGUAUUCUAAUCUCUACUUGCAAUGCAGGCAACAAGCCACCAUGGUCUCUCCCAGCCAAGGCAGCGUAUGGGCAGUUCGACCGGGUGCGAGCAGGGAAAUACUUCGGAGUCGAUGAUUUCAAAGUCCCGCCCUUUUUCCCUCCUCUAACCAUUCUGCCUCAGAGAUGCGCGACAUAUAUCAAACAGAACUAUCCGCGAGAGCGGUUUGAAAAUACAUUCCUGCUGUAUUGGAAAUAUAUGUUUUACAAACAUAUCGAUCUGAGCAAACCGGAGGGUAUGGCCGAACUGCUGGAAGAGGCGAACUUCUCAAAACGGGAAAUCGAUCGUAUCCUUGCAUCUGCAAAGACAGAUGAAAUUAAAAAGGCGCUGACCGACAGAACCCAGGAAGCAUUAGAUAGGGGUGCAUUUGGUGCACCAUGGUUCUGGGUCCGGCAUGCUGAAACUGGGAGAGAGGAGCCAUUCUUUGGAAGUGACAGGUUCCAUUUCAUGUGGGAAUUCUUAGGCGUCCCGUUUGAUGAUGUGAAGAUCAGGCCUGCAGAAAAGGCGAAGAUUUAA